UUGCAUCAACCUGCAUAGGGAUCAUCUCCAUAACAUCAUCUGCUUCACAGGUACAGUCUGGUCUAUAAAUUACUCCAGAAACGUAGUUUUGAUAAUGAAUUCUUAAUUUUUGUUCAAAUGGCCAGUGUUCUAUUGUACUCCAUAGAUUGUGACCACUGCCUGUUUCCAGCCUCACAAAUCAUUUUUUCCAAUGCUCAAAAUUAUUUCCUUGCUGACUUGUUUGUAAACAAUUUCUAUUUCCUAUUCUUGUUAAAUAGUGGUUUAAGUGUUACGCACUGCUACAGGAUUAAACGAUUAAAAAUGUUAUGUCAAGAAUAACAAGCCUCACUCUUCCAAUUACCCUGCGCUUUCAUAAAUUUAGAAUAAUUGCAAUAUAAUUGCAAUUUAUUAUUUAUGGUGAAACGCUAUAUUAUAAUAGUAAUGACAAUGAUAAUAACAAUAAUAAUUCACACAACUUCUGUGAGAAAAUGUAUCUCAAUAACAUAAAGUAUCAUAGAAAAAUGCCCUUUUGCUUGGUCUCACCUUGAUCAUGUCUACUCAAAUCAGUGUUCUUUUGGGGCCACAUCCACUUGCUUUUCAUUCUUUUGUCCUUGGAGUAUCAUGCUAGUCAUGGCAAUUGUGGAUACCAACUUGGUUUUGGUUAAGCCCAACUGUUGCUUUAGUUGUUUGCUGCAGUGGCACUUGCUUGUCCUUGUUAUCGGAGAUUGUGAUUUUUGCUUCAUCUGGUACUGAAUGCAACUGAAGUAUAAAGUUGAAGUCUUCUUCCGAGUCCCAGCUUUGUUUCUGUUUGCUAAGAUCUGUAAAGGUUGACUAUUGUAAACUUUUUUUUCUGAGUGGUAAAGAAAUGAACAAAAGUCAAGUCAAACCUAAACCAAGUUGCUGUACCUGUGCUAAUGAUGUGUCAUUAACAAACAGUUUUCGUUAGCAAUGAAUAUAAGCAGUUUUGAUAAGUCCUAGUUUAGAUAAGUCCUGGCACCAUUAUGUAAAGGAACUGAGUGUAAUUUUUUUUAGUGAAGUCUUACAGUACACGGGCCUUUUUCUUACAUGCAGUAUCAAGGUUACCAUCCUAUGUCAUCUCAAUGCCAACUGUGUGUUGGACGCCACCUUGGAUUUUGUGAUUCCACCUCUCAGAUCCAUGUUAUUUGUCAAAUGGAAAGGCCAGUUUCGCAAUUUCAUUGCUGCAUGUUUAGCCAUUGUGUGUAGGUUACAUGAUUUUCACUUGAAAUGUUUCUCUUCUAAUCAUGUUUGCACUUUUAUCUUUGCUGUUCUUCUUUAUAAGUGUUGGAAAUAGAUAUCUAUAAAAAAGUAAUGUAAUACUUUUUUUCACAUUUGUACUCUCUUAUGUCUAGUGUUUAUGAAUUCAACAUUUUUUACCCUGAUGCACAUUCAAGGGGGGGGGACCAAACAACUAGACAACCAAGGUUUAUUGACUUGGGAAAAAGGCCAUAAUACUAAUACAUAUUAAAUAAAACUCAACAUUACAAUCGUAAACCAUGAUUCUGUUCAUGAUUUUCAUCCAUACAUGAAACUGUUUUGUAUAAUAAAACAAAAAAUAGUUACACAGAAAAUUAUUUUAAUUUUGGGGUCUGAGUAUUGUUACAGACGUUACAUGUGAUUACCCACAAAACAAGGUUUUAUUAUUACUACAACACUCACUCACUCACUAUCCAUUUACGUCAGUGUCCACCUAUUGGCAGGUGUGACGUCGCAUGGAGGUUCACAUCGGGGUCGCGCAGGUUCUUUACAGCAUCUCUCCAUGCUUUACGGUUGGAUGCCACGCUUGCCUUCAGGCCAGCCAUUUUUAGAUCGCUAAGCGUGGCAUCCGCCCAAGUCUUUCUGGGUCUGCCUCUCUUCCUUCACCCCCUCCCCCCCCCCCCCCCCCCCCCCCCCCCCCCGCACGAAGUCUCUGAUGGAGGACACAGGAUUUGGUGCCUGUGCCCUCUCCACAUGCCCGAACCACCGAAGGCGAGCUUUCCGGAGAGCCAAUUCCAAGCUUUCGAUCCCGAGCCUGUCCCGAAUGGUGCUCAAACUUGUGUCAUCUUCGGGUUUCAGUGCGUACAUCCAUCUAAGCAUUGCACGUUCGCUUCUCUGCAGCCUUGCUAGGUCACUGCUCUUAGGAGCCCAACAUUCCCCAGCAUAGAGCAUGGCACUCCUGACGCAGCUGCUGUAAACCUUCCCUCUUGUGCAGAGUGAUAGGCUUCUGCUUGAUAGAACUGGAAGGAGCUCUUUGAAUUUUCCCCAGGCAGAUCUUGUUCUGGUAAUUAUAGCUGCCAAGCAGAAUUUAGAUCCUUUUUGAGUGUGUUAUGGUUCUGGUAACUCAACCUUUUAAUAGAGCUUCUAGCUUUGUGAGUACCAUUCAAGAUGGCGGGUUCUAGCACAUGUGUUUAUGCUAAUAGGCUUACUCGUCGGAUCUAAAAAUAGAUUGAUGGUGUUGCGCGCAAAGCAGUAUGGGAUCGAAGUGCGGACAAACAUUUCUAUUCUCAUCACGCAAGCUACUGUGAAGGCGGCCUUGAAACUGCAUCUCUGUGUCUCUGUUUUUAUCGAAAUCUAAGAUAUAAAGAUAAUGUACAACGCUGAGAAUACUAGAAGUAAAGGUGCAACAAAACACUGUGCGUGGGGUGUAUGCAAGUCAGAUUCCCGUUAUCCAGAAAAGUUACCAGAAGGAACUAACUUUAUUCGAUUUCCAAAGCCUGGAAAUGUCAAGGAUGGAAUGACAGAGUGGGAGAAAGGGCAACAAAUCCUCAAAACCAAGAAGGCAAAAAGGUGGCUUCAUGCAUGUGGGAGGAAAGAUUUUUCGAAAAUAUCAGAUAUAAAGAAGGACACAUACAUAUGCACCUUACAUUUUAUGGAAGGCAAAGGCCCAACGGAAGACCAUCCUUACCCGGUCCUUGCAACGCUGACUGAGAAGGAACAAAAUCAACGGGCAACACGGGAAAAGACGAGAUCAAGGUCCAGGAAGCGCAGGAAAAAUCCAAUCGAAGAAACUGGUGCCUCGAAAAAACACCAGCAAGAGUCUUCGUGUUUUCCAGUACCUGGUGAUACUGAAGAGCAAUCGGAAGAUACCAGCGUUUUAUUUGAAUCGGGACUCCCUGGGCCUAGCAGAGCCUCUCUUGAAUCUCAAGACCAGGGGCGUACAGACAAAGAAACCCAGACUGUGUACUGUAAGUACACACUAGGAGCAAAAGUAGAGACCAUGAUCUACAGAAAUCGACUUAUUCAAGAAGGCAUAGGUUUAUUCCCUUCAGAGCAGAAAGAGGUCAAUUUAAUGUCUUCUGAAAUCAUAAUAGCAGAUGACAAAAAGUGCAAAUAUUUUACAGGGCUUCACACUGAACAAUUUGAGGCUCUAUUUGAGUUCUUAGGACCAGCGAAAUAUGAACUGUCUUACUGGGAUGGUCCUGAAAAUAUUGAAAAAGGGAGCCUUGCAAGAGGAGAGCCACAGGGUAUAUCUGUAAAGGAACAGCUUUUUCUCACAUUAUUGAGACUGCGUAGAGGAUUCAACAUUGCAACAAUUGCUCAUAUGUACAGUAUAAGUAAUACUGUGGUGAGAAAAAUUUUUGUAACAUGGAUCCAGUUCAUGUUUUGCCACUUCAAAGAGUUUGAACAUUUAAUGUUUCCUAGGUCACUGCUAGCCUAGCAGACAAGCUCUGAGGACUUUUUUGCCAAAAGUUUUCCAAAAAUUUAAGAAUGUGAGAUGCUCUGUAGACUGUACGGAAUUCUUCUGCCAAACACCAAGCAAUUAUGCACAACAGGGAAACAUGUUUUCCUCAUAUAAGCAUCACAACACUAUGAAAUGUUUAAUUGCUGUGACCCCCAAUGGCUCUGCUUGCUUCGUGUCUGAUUUGUUUGAGGGGAGCAUUGAUGAUGUGUCCAUUUUUCGGGAAAGUGGAAUUCUGAAGCAUAUUAAUCCAGGUGAUGCAAUACUGGUUGAUAAAGGAUUUACUGUGCAAGAUUUAUUGUUCAACAAGCAAGCAACAAUACAUAUACCACCAUUUCUUGGCAAAAGGGAUUGCCUUACAAAAGAAGAAGAACUUGCAACAAAAAGGAUUGCCAAGGCCAGAAUCCAUGUGGAGAGAUUCAACGAAAGAACCAAGAAGUUUAGACUAAUAGGAAACAUAAUCCCAUUGAACCUUAGUUCCAUUGCAUCACAGCUUGUAUAUGUUUCAUGUUGUCUUGUUAAUUUUCAACCAUGUCUCUGUAAAUAAGCAAUUAGAGAACCUGGGAAAGUUUAUAUGGAUUUUUUUUUUUGGAAAAUAAGUAUUUGUUAUAAACCUAAAAAGGUUAUUAUAAUGAUACAUAUCAAAUAUAGAUCUAUAUAGAUAUAUACAUUCUCAUCAGCAACUCUAUAGAUGUGAAUAAAAUAGUAUAUAAUUAUCAAAAAACAAGCACAUAAAAGUUUUGGUGUAAACCUGCAAUCAGUAUUAGGCAUCAAAGUAUCAAAAAUAUAUAGAUAAUACAAGCAGUUUCAAUCUAAAAUAACUGGAAGUAGUCCACGUGGCACCUUCAUUAGAAAAUAUUCAGGUACCAAGACUUUUUCCCAGAACUCUGAAGUUGCUUUGAUGAUUUGCAUCUGGAUGCCACUUUCUGGAUAGAAUCUCUCAAUUGAUGGAGGUCCUUUUUGAGAGAAAAGAACAAAAUCACAAAAAUGACCUCCAGUUACCAGAAGCUGCAACUGAAUCUGGAAAUAAUACCCAUGGCUUCGCUUUAAAUGGAUUAAUCCAUCACUUUCAAGUUUGAAGCACUGACGCUGAAGGGUUUCCUUUGGAAUUGUGCAGUCUUUCCAACCAGAAAUUACUUCCUCAACUGUCCUUGUUUUCAAUAGUUUUAGACAUUUAAUUUCCAAAAUUCCUGCAGUACCAGACUCUUUAUCUACAACAAGUCCGUCUGGGCUUGCACCAAGAUGAGGAUACAUUUUGUUAAUCCAUAACCCAGUUUCUGUUACUGUGUUAUCCGUAGCUUUAACAUAUGCAUCUCGAGCUGCUGGUUCAGCAUCAAUCCCAUACUUCAUGUCUGCAGUACAGAUGUUUUGCUUAAACCACAAUCGUUCAUAUAGGAAUUUGAAGCAGCGUUGUUUUGCUUCCACCUUGAAUGCCAAGACUGCAUUCCACAAGGAAACAAGGUAAUGGCAUUUUGAGGCAGUUACUCUUGGCCAGUGCUCUGCAAACCAUGUUUCAGAUUUGCUCUGAUCCUCUGUACCAGGAACUUGGCAAGAUGAUUCAUGCUCCCCACAAAGCUUAUCACUUUGCUCCUGCAAAUUUUCUUUAAACUUUUGCACAAGUAAUCUCAAGAUACUGAAGUCAGCAUCUUCAAGAUCAAAAUCACUAUAUUUGAUGGCAAGAACUGUUUCCCACAUUGAGAUUUCUCCCACACCUGCACUAUAACUUUGCAAGUUGGUCACAAACGUAUUUUGUAGUACCUCGUCAACCUUACCAUGGUACUUUGCUGGCCUUGGGUCCCAAUUAUAAAGUUUUGUUUUCUUUGGUACUUCACUUGGCUUGUAUUCUGCUUCAUGUAAAGGUUUGGGGUUCUUCUGGCGCUUUUUUCCUCUAUUCCAUGAGCAAGGCUCAGAUGUCUUUGGAACUUGCACCAUAUGGCCAUGCUCCGAAGAGUAAUCAUUGAUGAAUAAUAAGAGAGCAGCAACAUGAGCACAUCUUCCCAAAGAUCUGGCAAUGCAAUUGCAGCUUGCAUGUUGAACAAACCCACUCCCUUUGCUAAUCUUGACUUGCACAGACAGAGGGUACUCUUUCCUCAUUGAGUGGUGGACAUGGGCUCUGGCAAAGUAAUCCUUUGAAUUUCCAUUCUCUUGAAUAUUCUCCACAAAACCGCUCUUUAAUAAAUUUCUGCCCUUUUUUAAUGGCUUGGCAGUCGCAGUGCCACUACUCUCUGUUCCUGAUCCUUCACUAUCACUCUUGUCCUCAUCAGCAAGGUCAAGGAAUUCAUUCUGAAGAGAUUCCACGAGAUAGUGAUACAGAUGCCCAUAGUUAUACAUGGCAGGAAUAUCCUGGGAAGGGAACAUCUUCCAGUCAGUGCAUAGAGCUUGACUUGAUUCAUCUUGCAAUGCUCCUUGAGUGUUCAAAUUCAGUUUCGAAGCUUUCAUUGCAUACCAUUUUCCACCAUCAACUUUCAGAUCCACUUUUUUCUGUAUCGAUAAACAACCUUCUACCCUCUGAAUCAGAUCUCUUUUCUUGCCAGUUCUUUUCUCUCCGUGACACUCAAGCCAUCGCUUCAAUUCAAUAACGCUACAGUCCACUGCUGGUUUUAAAAGUUUGGCACCAGGUACAUCCUCUUCGGUCAAAAUAAUUUGGUUGCCCAAACUUGACAUGACGGCCUAAAAAUAUUGAUGGCCUAAAAAGCAGCAGUCCAGGUUUGCGCAAACAAUCGCCGAUUACUGUAGGUAAUAUUAACCAACAGUUCUAUAAAUAUAUGUACAAUGUUCAGAACGAUGUUUUAACAGAAACAGUUCCCGAAUAAUAUAGCCGAAUCAAUAAUCAAAGCAGGAAAGAAACGACAGAAACACCUAUUAAUAACAUUCAUUUUUUGGCAGCCAAGGCGAUGUUUGUCCGCAUUCCGAUCCCGCGAUGCUUUGCAGGGGGAAUUGUGACGUAUGUGGCGUGAAGCCCUAUUAAUGGAUACUACAGGGAUACCAUGACAGAGUGGUACUUCAUAUUCUUUGUAGUAUCAACAUGAAGAACAAAGAUAUGGCAAAAGAAAGGGGAAAGUCCUUUAAUUAGAGAAAAAAUGAUGUUACGGACGUUACACUAAAGCGUUACAGCCCUUACACAAGAGCGUUACAGACGUUACAUGCCUUUAGUUGAAAAAGAAAAAUGCUAAAUAUUUUAUAUUUAUUGUCUCACUCACGUGCCAUGGCAUGACAGCCUUGCUUUACACAUGUUACAGAAACAAAACAAAAAAGUAGGGGAAACUGUGACUGAAUUUUUUUUUGUAUUAAAGAAAGGCAAAACAACAUCCUCACUUGAUCAGGCUUUUUCAUGUCAACUAAUGUUUCAUGAUCUGAAGGUUUCUCCAAAGGAUAUAUUGGUGCUAUUUGGAUAAUGGCCAGUUCUUUUUAUUUUGUGGACUAUUUCUUUUAAAACUACCUCAACUUGAUGGAUAUUAUGAAAAGAUUAAAACCCUGGCAAGCAUACUGAAGCACAUGGUUGAGUAAAGUGAAAGUGAUUUGUUGCAUGGCCAAAGGCUCCAAAGGUUGGUGGAACAUGUAAUCAAGAUAUCCAACCUGUUGAUAGUUUAACAGCUAGAUUUUCAUUUAUGGGCUAGUUUCACUGGUUCUUAAAAAGAACUAGCCGAAACUGGGUUCACCCUACUUGAAUGACUAUGACGAUGUUUACUGGGUGCAUAAGGAGUGUUCAAAAUGAAAAUGGAAGGUCGUACUUAACAAAGUCGCUCCUUAUAUAAGCUAGCAAACAGAAAUCCUUUGGUAGCUAGGCACUUGAUAUCUAGAAAGGCUUUCAGAUAUUUUUAGAGGUCUCACCUCAAAGUCAACCUUGGGCUGACUGCUGUAAUGUUUACAAUGCAAACGACGAUGAUGCUAACAAAUUGCAUGCAUACUGCCUUAGUGCGAAAGGUAAGCUUCACACAUGAUUUUUAUGAUUUGCAGCAUUCCAUCCAUUUUUGCAUGUGCUGUUGUACUGAGGGUACUCUCCUGUUGACAAGUACAAGUGGUGGUGUUAGAUAACCAACUUUCAAUUGCCUCUUGAAACCGACUAUUUUUUCUUAUUUUUUUUCCAGAUCUAUUUUACACCCUUUGAAUUUUGCAAUUAAAAUAAGCAGACAAUAGUAUCUUCUGCAUGUGCGUAGCAUUUUUAGUGUGACAAGCAAUGCCAUUACUAAAUGAAGGUACAGGCUACUUUCAAGCCCGUAUUGGGAACCACAGGACGUCAUGGCAUGAAGCCAUGAACACUGUUCUGGGGGUGAUGACUCAGUAGCUUCAGAUGACAUUGGAAUAACAUGCUAUGGUGCAACCUCUUUUUUCUCUCACUUACAAUACUAUGAAACUGUGCUUUCUAUUCUCUUUCACUGCGUUCAGCCGAAUAGAAAAUAUUUAUUGUCUAUAUUAUAAAAUAAGAGAGACAACGUGUAGGAGGAUAGCCAUCCAGCUGGUUAAGUUUAUUGAGUAGUUACAGUAUAAGCGAUUAAACAUUAUGAUACAAUUGGUGAAAAUAUACCAUCGAUUCUAGAGAGAGUUAUUAGUAGAGCUGGAAGGCGUCAAGUGAAUAACGCGACGCCAAACAAUGUAUAAUAAGGACAUACUAAGGUCAUGUGACCAAAAAGGGAACAAAAGAAACAACAACAAUCUCGUUAAUACCGAAAAUAAAUUCAUUACUUGAAAGGAGAACAAAAGUAAACAACUGUACAGAAACUAUACCUGGGUGGACAAGCUGUAAAUGUCUGGUGUUAAAAACAGCAACAAAUAAAACAAUGAUGUAGAGUAAACACGUACUACACAUAUGUACAUACAAGUAUACCAUACUAACACUUGUACAUACAUACAGAUACAUACAAAUACUAACAGAAAUACAUGUAUACUAUAUUAACAGAUGUAGAUACAUACAUAAUACAUGUAUACUAUACUAACAGGUAUACAAAAAUAUAGAUAUAUUUGUAAAAAUAAUUUCAAAUUUAAAUUUAAGAUUUAAAAAUUUUAAAAUAUGUAUAUAUCAUACUAACAGGUGUACAUACAUUUAGGUAUACCCACAGUAUACAUACACAAUUGUUAACAUGGCUACCAAUGGUACCAUGUGUUGGGUUUAGGGUCUAGCACCUUCAAGUGCACUAGGAAGAAAUGAAUCAUUUGUAAAUACAUUACUCCUACCACAUGCAUAACCAGAUUUAAUUGAGGAUAGAACCCUGCCAUAGACUUUAUUACUUGCUCAUUUAGCCAUCUUAUUUGUUGUUUUUCAUGUAAGCUUAGCGGUAUGAUUUACAUUAUACAAACUGGUCCCAUACUCCGCUCAGGUUUUGGUGAACACCGCAACUAUGUAAUCAACCAGCUUUAUUUCAAGCCAUUCUGUAAACACUUUAACCUCCCUGGCCAUUCUGUAGACCACUCAUCUAUUUGCAGUGUCCCAAUUUCUCGUGCUUACAGAAAGAGAAUAACUGUCCUUUUUCUUUGUCCAGAUCCCCUAAAACAUGCCCAGCUCUAAUUGCCUAUUGAUCUCUUUAAACUUGUUGUUGGCUCGCACUAGCAGGAUCUGCCGACUACCUAUUGCUUGUAUCCAACAUUACAAAUACAAACCCCCAUCCGGCUAUAGUCCCUUCAAUUAACGUCUAAAUACUCAAAAUGUCAGCCAAACUACUCUCUUUCCACAAAGGCGUAAGACAUAACUAUUUCAACUUUAUGUUGAUUUGUUUCCCUGAUGCCACCACGCCUAUCACAGACACCAUCUAGUUAUUCUACAGCUUCUCUAUUGUUUUUCUAGUGAUACCAGUUAACCAGAACACUGACACCACCAGAAUUAUAUGCCGAGGAUCAAACAUUCUUCAAUAAUUUUCAUCAUGAAAUCGUUUUUUUUUUUUUUCCACCAUAGCACAUUAAGUCAGUAGUGUUAAACUUAGCUUCCUUGUAUUCUCCAAGACUAGUCUUAUUAAUUUGUAGGUCAUUGUCUCAAUGAUAAGGUCAUCCCUAAGUAUUUUCGUAUUAUUGUUUUCAAUUUUACUUUCUCAUCCGCAGUGACUCUGGUAAAUAAUUACACAACAAAGAGUGAGCCUGCAUCAUCUUCUAGCCCUCCAUUAUGCAUACCAAGCAUCCAGAACGCAAACACCUUUUGUUGCUCUCGGCUUGCCUGUGUCCUUCCUACCAUUCUUGUUAUUUCUGUAUGUCUUAAGAUAUCUGAGCUUAAGGACAGGCUUUAGAAGUACUGCACAACAUUGUCUUCUAUCCAGCUUCCUGGUUCUACAGUUUCUACUUGCCCACCUCCCUAGUUCAUGUCACACUGUUAUUAUUCCCGAGGACUUACCUUGCAUUGAGUCUUAACAGUCGAUUGUCAGUCAAGAGCUCAAGUUUGUCUGGUUUCCCCAGAAAAGUGAUGAGUUUAAACUGCUAAAAAUAACACGGGUUCUUUCCACUGACGGGUUAAGCUUGAAGCUUUCUGUCACAUGAUCCUGCCGAUAAAUAUUACUUUGAAAUGCUUAGUCAACAAAAGUCUUACUGGAAACCUAAAAAGUAUCAAUCCUCAGUUGUCGAUUGCUUUUUUUUAGAAAAUGUCGCCAUGAUUUUCAAAAAUCCAUACCCAACACAUUACCAAAAAUCAGGGACAUUUUGUUCAGGCGGUAUUUUUUGACAGCGGUCUCAUUUAGGCGUUACUGCGCAUGCGUCGGAAUAUCAGCUCACCCAAAACAAAAUGGCGGAGGGAAGACAGAGAUCAAGAAGAAUUGAUUAUAAAGCACUGAAUAAUGUUUCAUCUGCCGAUUUUAAUUUCGAUUUUCAAAGAAAACGAAAGUAUAAAAGUGGAUCAAAGGUAUAUGAUGUGGAAAGGAUAAUAAGUCAGCGAAUUACCUCCAGAAACGGGGAUAAAGAGUACCUAGUGAAGUGGAAAAAUUGGCCGAUUUGGACUAGUACUUGGGAGCCAGCGAAUCAUUUAACAGCCCUUAAAUAUGUAUCUUACUAUGUCAUGAUCAAUACGGAUUUCGGUGCUAUGUACAGCUUUUACUGCCUUGGAUUUCAAGAUGCUUGUAAUCCCCUCCAAAAACAAAGCUGAUGCAUUUUCUAGUCUUUCAGGUGUUAUUACAGGGAAUAGGUAAGAUCUGAAAGUUCAAAAUACAUCAAAAGAUCAGAAGCUAUGACUUCCGGAAUUUUUUAUUAAUAAUAUUUUUUAAAAAAAAUCAUUAUUGAGGAGUUAUUUCAUAUGACUCAAUAGAAUAAUAUAUGUAUAUACAAAGAAAUUGUUAUAACAUCACCAAGGAAAUGUUGAAUAGUUUUAAAAUUAUUUACAUGACAA